UCAGGCGCGUGUCCGCAUUGGUGUCCGCCCGUCUAGUGUAGAGCUCAACAAGAAGAACGAACAUUUCAUUUUCGACUCAGACGCUGAUAUACGAAAGACCCAACCAUGGCCUCUGGGGUGACAGUGACCGAUGAAGUUAUUACAGUCUUCAAUGAGAUGAAGGUGCGUAAGGCCCAGGCGAACGAGGAUGAGAAGAAGAAGAGGAAGAAGGCGGUGCUGUUCUGUCUGAGCGAGGACAAGAAGCACAUUGUCCUUGAAGCAGGUAAAGAGAUUCUGACCGGUGACGUGGGUACCACCAUCGCAGACCCCUACCUGCACUUUGUCAAGAUGCUGCCCGCAGAUGACUGCCGCUACGCCCUCUAUGACGCCACCUACGAGACCAAGGAGACCAAGAAGGAGGACCUAGUCUUCAUCUUCUGGGCCCCAGAUGGUGCCCCACUGAAGAGCAAAAUGAUCUACGCCAGCUCAAAGGAUGCCAUUAAGAAGAAAUUCACAGGUAUCAAGCAUGAAUGGCAAGUUAACGGUUUGGAGGACAUCAAAGAUCGGCGCACCUUAGCAGAGAAGCUAGGAGGCUCAUCAGUGGUCACCCUUGAAGGUGGGCCUGUAUAAAUCCAGUGUCUGAUAUCAACUAAGGCCUACAGGGAAAGAAAAAAACAGAAUUUAAGUCCCGGGGGUAUGGCUGUUCAUUCCAGAAUGAGAAGGAAUUGGGUGUGGGGGGGUUUAAGAGUACAAAUAAGAUGGGGUGGAGGGUAUCUUGUUGUGGGGAGAAAAAUCAAGUAUGCUAUUUCAUGGUUUAAAAUUGUGGUUAUCAUUCCACUUCUCACAAUGAAGAACAAACAUAGACAAGUCUUAAUUUGUGAUGAAGGAUUAUGACAAAAUAGAUGAAGAUUUGCGUCAACAUUUCCAAGAUUGUCCUUGCAAUUUCUAAACUAAUGAAGAACAAAAUGUGAUUUACACAAUUAAAUCAUUAUGGAUGAUAUUUUUUAAACAGAUGAGGACUGGGUAUGUCUCUUGUAUGAUGGUGUGUAUGGAUCAGGCAGAGAAAAGAGACUGGAACAAAAAAUCCUAAAUCAAAUCAGUUUAUUGGUCGCGCAGACAGUUUAGCAGGUGUUCUAGCGGUGCAGCAAAAUGCUUAUGUUACUAGCUCCCAACAAUGCAGUCAUUGUGGGUAAUCCUGUCAAUUUAUGCACUCUGUUCACACCUAAUUUAUGUGAUGGUAAUUCCUCUAUUGCCAAAUUUGUUGUUCUUUAGCAUAUCAGUAGCUAAAACUAGGUUUAUUUUCAAAAAUGCUUCCAGUACAAGUAGAAUUCAAAAACAUAACAUUAUUCCAGGAAGUUCUCAUUAUUUCCAAGACCUUUGAGCAAACAGUUGCUGUGUACAAAAAUGCAUUCCUUUUUUCGUGAUGAAAUUUCAGAACAGCUUAAACAGAAAUUGAUUGAUGGUUUAAAGAGAUGGAGUCCCCCUGAUGUAGUAAUGUUGGUGGCUCCAGUUGGAAGAAGCCUGAGAGAAAGUUAAUUGUGGAUAGAUAUAUUGUGGGUGUUUUUGUUUUUGUCUCCAUAUGUCUAAAUAAAGAAAAUGCACUUACAUUUA